AUGGGCACCAACAGUGCUGCCCCAUCAGGUGGAGAGCAGGAGUGCUACCUGGACAGCGAACAGACAAGCACGUACCACGCGACCAAGGGCCUGAUGACGCUGCAGGCCUGUCAUGUAAAGCUACCACCCGAAAAAUUCGCCCUGAAGAGGCAGGGUUAUGGGCAGGACCUGCCCACAGAGGCCAAGAAGCUGCCGCUGGACUCAGCCGAGGAGCUCUACGCCAAGAUCCGAGACCGCAACUUCAACGCCAUGGCCGUGCUCAGCAAGAAGGCCAAGGAAAGGCACAACGCCAAGACGGUGGGCGAGAUCAAGCAGAUUGUCUCCCAGCUACCCCACAUGCAGGCGACACGGGGCUCCCUGGCCAACCACACCUCCAUCGCCGAGCUCAUCAAGGACGUGACGACGUCUGAAGACUUCUUUGAUAUGUUAACCGUGGAGCAGGAGUUUAUGUCUGGAAUAGACACUGAUCAGGUCAAUAGUUACAUGGAGGACUGCAUCGCCCAGAAGCAUCCACUCAUCAAGGUGCUCAGGCUCAUUUGCCUGCAGUCGGUGUGCAACAGUGGGGUCAAGCAGAAGGAGAUGCAGGAGGAGUUUGUGGGCGACUUCCAGGUCGGGGAACGAGUCUGGGUGAACGGGAACAAGCCUGGAUUCAUCCAGUUCCUCGGGGAGACCCAGUUUGCCCCUGGUCAGUGGGCCGGGAUCGUCUUGGACGAGCCCAUCGGCAAGAACGAUGGCUCGGUGGCGGGUGUGCGCUACUUCCAGUGCGAGCCGCUGAAGGGCAUCUUCACCCGGCCGUCCAAGCUGAGUAGGAGCUUGCAGGCCGACGAUGAGACCAACUGCCGGCAGCCAGCGCCUGCCGCCUGGGCCACACCGCCCCUGUCGGCCUCCCCGGCCUUUGCCGGCACCACGAAGGUGCCCCAGUCCCCCGCGAAGGAGGCACCAGCCACCCCUCACAUCAGCAGCCUGACCAGGACGGCCAGCGAGUCCAUCUCCAACCUCUCUGAGGCUGGCUCCCUCAAGAAAGGGGAGCGGGAGCUGAAGCUCGGGGACCAGGUGCUGGUGGGAGGCAUGGAGGCCGGUGUGGUGCGCUUCCUCGGGGAGACGGACUUCGCCAAGGGGGACUGGUGCGGCGUAGAGCUGGACAAGCCACUGGGCAAGAACGAUGGUGCCGUGGCCGGAACGAGGUACUUCCAGUGUCAGCCCAAGUAUGGAUUGUUUGCUCCCAUUCACAAAGUCACCAAGAUCGGCUUCCCGUCCACGACGCCGGCCAAGGGCAAGGUGGCCGCCGUGAGGCAUGUGAUGGCCACCACCCCCGCCAGCCUGAAGCGCAGCCCUUCGGCCUCCUCGUUCAGCUCCGUCAGCUCCGGGGCCUCAUUCGAGAGCAACCGAUCCGGCCGCACGGGACUAUUGCCGGAAACCUCCUCCCGCUACGCACAGAUCUCUGGCACCACCGCCCUCCAGGAGGCGCUGAAGGAGAAGCAGCAGCACAUUGAGAAGCUGCUGGCCGAGCGGGACCUAGAGCGGGCGGAGGUGGCCAAGGCCACGAGCCACAUGGGGGAGAUAGAGCAGGAGCUGGCCACUCACGCGCCGUUGCCUCUACAGCACGUCCUGGAGCUGGAGGCCAAGAACGACGAGCUGCGGGCCAUGCUGGAAGCGACCGACUGGGAGAAGGUGGAGCUGCUGAACCAGCUGGAGGAGGAGAAGAGGAAAGUGGAAGACCUCCAGUUCCGAGUCGAGGAGGAGUCCAUCACCAAAGGCGACAAGCUGGAGACGGCCAUCGCCCCGCACCAACAGGCCAUGGGCGAGCCGAAGGCAUCCGUGAGCCAGGGCGUGGGCGCCGAGGCGGCUGAGAUGGCCGAGCUCAAGAUGCAGAUCGAGAGGCUACAGUUCGAGUACCAGCAGGAGGUAGAGAGCCUGAAGGCCCAGCAUGCGGCUGAGCGUGCAGCGCACGCCUCCGAGCUGCAGACGCUCAGGUCGCGGCUGUUCAGGACGGCCCAGGAGCAGAAGAACAGCCUGGAGGCCGCAUGGGCCAAGCUCGACCAGAUCGAGGACCAGCACCUGGUGGAGAUGGAGGACGCCCUGAACAAGCUGCAGGAGGCGGAGACGAAGGUAAAGCAC